CACUGGAGAAGACAGGUUGACGCACACCUCCUCUUUUAUUACUCCAUCAUCAUGUCAGCGUUCUCACGAAGGUCCACGAUUGGCGGUGGCAGCAGUAUGAGCGGCGGCUUAGGCUACAAGUCAGGCUAUAGCUCAUACAGCAUGGCAGGAGGAGCAAUAGGUGGUGGUGUUAAGGUCUCCCAGGCAGGCAGGGGCUACUCUGUUGGGGGCAGUAGUUCUGGCUAUGGCUACGGCGGAGGUGUUGGUGGUGGUGCUUUCAUGGCAGGAGGAGGUGGAGGAGGUUUUAGCUUAGGUGGAGGUUUUGGAGGUGGUGGUGCAGGCAUGGGGGGUGGUGCAGACGACAGCCUCAUCGGCAACGAGAAGUUCACCAUGCAGAACCUUAACGACCGCCUGGCCGCCUACCUGGCCAAGGUGGCGGCGCUUGAGAAGGCAAACGCCGAGCUGGAGCUGAAGAUCAGGCAGUUUGUGGAGAACAAGGUCGGCCCCAGCACCAGAGACUACAGUCCCUACUUCGUCACCAUCGCAGAACUGCAGGGCAAGAUUCAGGAUGCCCUUAAAGAAAAAGGUACGGUCAUACUGAGCAUCGACAACGCCAAGCUGGCUAUGGAUGACUUCAGAGUCAAGUAUGAGAAUGAGCUGUCAAUGCGUCAGUCGGUUGAGGCCGAUAUCGCUGGGCUGAAGAUGCUGCUGGGAGAGAUGGGCAUGGCCAAGAACGAUCUGGAGAUGCAGAUUGAAUCCCUGAAGGACGAGCUGGCGUCUAUGAAGAAGAACCACGAAGAGGACUUGAUGGCCAUGAGAAGUCAGAUGAGCGGUCAGGUGAAUGUGGAGGUGGAUAUCGCUCCUCAACAAGACCUCAGCAAGGUCUUAGAAGACAUGAGAGAACACUACGAGGCUAUUGCUGCCAAGACCAACAAACAGCUGGAGGCCUGGUUCCUUGCCAAGUCAGAGGAGCUCAGCAAGGAGGUGGCAACCACAGAGAUGACAAUUAAAUCGUCGACCUCAGAGGUGAAGGAGGUUAAGAGGCAGCUUCAGGCUCUGGAAAUCGAGCUCCAGUCGCAGCUCAGCAUGAAAGCAUCUCUUGAAGCCACACUGGCCGACAUCCAGAACCGCUACGCCAUGCAGCUGAACGGAUACCAGAUGCAAGUGAGCUCUAUGGAGGAACAGCUGGUGCAGCUGAGGGCCGACCUAGAGAGACAGGGACAGGAGUACCAGAUGCUGCUGGACAUCAAGACCAGACUGGAGAUGGAGAUCGCUGAGUACAGGAGGCUGCUGGAUGGGGAGGCAGGCGGGUCAAUUGGCGGCUCUCAAUCUUCCUCCUCCACAACAACCACCACAGUCAUCACAAAGGUCAUCGAGGAGACCGCUUGAGACCAAUUGCACGUCUGUCUGACCCAGGGGUGGAGCCAAAUUUCAACCUAUCACCUUCCUGCCUGCUAGCUCAGAAACAUGAUGAAGAGUGUCUGUCCUCUUUAUCGGGCUGCAGUUCUGCUACUUCACGCUCAUUUUCAGCUUUCAUUUAACCUGCAAUCAGUCAAAAAUGAUGGAUUUGUGAGGGAAAAUCACAUUUGAUUGAUAGUUUGGGUUGGGAACAACUUAACUGCCAACAAACCUUCUGUCUGCUGCCUCAAGAAAUAAAACAAAGCUCAACUCAACCAAAUGUGUC